CAGGAACAACCACGAAAACUUUUUUUGUUCCACUUUUUUUCUGCCGCGUCUGUUUUCUUUCGGAGGGACAGUACGGUAGGAUUGUUCAACGAUAGGUUUGUUCGUUUGUUGCGGAGCAGCGACACAAGCAUCCGAGACACCACACCACCCACAGCAAGCGCAACCGGUGCCAAAACAAAACAACAAAAACCAACCAUGGAGGAAACAAAACUGCAAGCCCUCGCCGAUUCCCUCGCCGGGCACGGAGGCAGGAGGGGCCUCGGAACCGGCUCGGGCGGGGGGGGCUACUCCUGGGCCAAGACGAAUCACCGGGACGCCGCCGGAAACCAGCGGCCGGUGGAGGGCGGCGGAAGCGAAAAGGCCUCUUCCGGCCGGUCGGACGGCCUCCCGAACAACGUCCUCUACGAACCCUUUGUGCGGGAGGGGACCUACGACCCGACCGCAAGGUUCGACCACGGGGACGGACGCCAGAUCAAGCGCGAUUUCUCCGACAGUCUCCACGCCGACGACGACGAAAACGCCGUCGUCUCGGCGUCGUCGUCCUCCUCGGGAAAAAUGACCAAGAAAGAGCGCAAGGCCGCGAAAAAGGCCGCCAAGCUGGCGGCCAAGAUCGAGGCCAAGCGACAGGCCAAGCUGGAGGAGAAGCGAAGGGCGAAGCGCGCCGAAAAAGAGGCCAGCACACAAAAGCUGGACGAAAAGGAAAAGGAACCAAAGGCGACGAAAAAGAAGUCCGGGGCGAGCAAGAAACGGCCCCGCACCGAAUCCUCCUCGGACGAGGACGGCAACAGCGACAGCGACAAAAACACUUCCCCGCCGAAAGAGGAGCCACCCAAAGGUAAAUCGAAAUCCAAAUCGAAAUCCAAGACUGAGAAAAAGAGCAAGAAAGAAAAGAAGCAAAAAGAGGAAGAGGCCCAGCCCCCGAAAAAGAAAACGAAAAAGGAGAAGAAAAAAGAGACGGAUUCCGAAGCAACCGAAAAGGCCGCAGAGAAAGCAGCAAAGAAGAAAAAGAAGUCGAAGAAGCAAAAGUAAUUCGAGGGCGCGUACCGGUAGGACACCAGGUUGCAACGCAAGACAGUAUAUAGAAC